AUUGCAAUUAUAUUUUCACAAGAUGUCUACGAGCGUUCCUUUGAUUGUGAGAUUACUCGCUUCAUCAGUAUCUGUGGCUGGGCGAGCGGGAAAAAUUGUUAGAGAUGUGAUGAGCAAAGGUGAACUUGGUAUAGUUGAAAAGGGCAAAAAUGAUUAUCAAACGGAAGCAGAUAGAUCAGCGCAAAGAUGCAUUAUUGCUUCACUGUCAUCACAAUAUCCCAAAUUGAAUAUUAUUGGUGAAGAGGAUAGUCCUAGCGUUGAGGGCGAAAUCCCCAGUGACUGGAUUGUAGUAGAAACAGACAGUGAUGUACUGAAACUGGAAUGUCCUUCAAAUCUGUUGGGAGUCAAAGAGGAGAAUGUAGUUGUAUGGGUCGACCCAUUGGAUGGAACCGCAGAAUACACUCAGGGUGCCCUAAUGUUGAAGAGAGAUCCAUGGGAAAGAUGGAAAAUGUACUUGUCACAUCCAUUUAUAAGUAUGAAGUGGUAUUUAAGCUUACUGCAAUCAAACUAUGGGUUCCUUGAACACGUGACAGUGUUAAUUGGCAUAUCAGUCAAUGAGAAACCUGUAGCUGGAGUAAUUCACCAGCCUUACUUUAAAACUAUGAAUGGGGAAGAGAAACGUAUGGGUAGGACUAUAUGGGGACUGCAGGGAGCGGGGGUAGGCGGUUUUACGCCUGCCCCGCCGCCAACGUCUCUGAUAAUUACUACUACAAGAAGCCAUUCUAAUCCUAUUGUAGAGAAAGCUCUGCAGGUUAUGAACGCAAGUCAGAUUUUAAGAGUUGGAGGUGCUGGAUAUAAGGUACUACAACUUCUAGAAGGAGUAGCGUCAAUAUACGUAUUUGCAAGUCCCGGCUGCAAGAAGUGGGACACAUGUGCUCCCGAGGCGAUUCUAACCGCGACAGGAGGCAAACUCACCGACGUCGUCGGCAACGGGUAUAAAUACGGUGCUGACGAACCCCGACCGAAUAAAACAGGAGUUCUAGCUGCUGUCAAUGAGGACUUACACAAUUAUGCGCUCAGUAGAAUACCGCAAGAAUUGAAGGAUAAAUUAGCUAAUAAACUUUAAUUUCUAUUUAUUGUACAAUGUGUAAAUAUUGUUUGGUAAAAUCGUGAAAUAUCAUUUUGCGCAACAUUAAUUACUUGAAUUAUUUUUAAGAUAAAAAUAGAAUCGUAGCAAAGGGGUUUUUUUUUCAAUAGUAUUAUACCCCCAAAAGCUUAAUAUUACUGCUUACCCAAUAU